GAGUAUACAUAAAACGCAACAAAAGAGCGCAAAAACGAUUGGGGCGGGAAACAGUGAGAUUUAGAGAGACCCGAACAUGGGACUAGAGGCGGCGCCACCGGCACUGCCGCCGAAAUGGGCGUCGAAGCCUUGCAUAAUGGGCAUCGAUGAAGCUGGACGCGGCCCUGUUUUAGGGCCAAUGGUCUAUGGAUGCUUGUAUUGUCCACGGACCUACCAAAAAACUCUCUCCACCUUGAAUUUCGCAGACUCAAAAACUUUAAAAGAAGAGAAGAGGGAAGAGCUAUUUGAGGAUUUGAAGGCUGAUGAAUCAAUUGGAUGGGCUGUCGAUGUUAUAGACCCAAGAGAGCUGUCAGCCAAAAUGUUAAAGAGAAGUAAGAUAAAUCUUAAUGAGAUUUCACAUGAUUCUGCCAUUGGCCUCAUCAACAAGGUGUUGAACCUUGGUGUUCUCCUAACUGAGGUUUAUUUAGAUACUGUCGGAGAUCCUGAAAAGUACAGAGUAAAGCUUUCAGAAAGAUUUCCUAAUAUCAAAUUUGUGGUUGCAAAGAAAGCUGACAGUCUGUAUCCGGUUGUUAGUGGUGCUAGUAUAGUUGCAAAGGUCACAAGAGAUAGAGCUUUGCGAGAUUGGGUGCUUGGUGAAACUGCAGAAGACCUGCACCGCGAUUUCGGGUCUGGGUACCCUGGAGAUCCUCAGACGAAGAAAUGGCUGGAGGAUCACAAGCACUCAGUUUUUGGGUUCCCAACAUUAGUCCGGUUCAGUUGGGGAACAUGCACAUCGUAUUCCAAAGAUUUUGUUGAAGUGCUAUGGGAAGCAGAUGUUACUGAUGAGGAUGGCAAUGGAAGGACUAGCAAGCGGCAGUUGAAACUGACCAAAAUCGGUUUCACACCGCAAAAGAGAAAAACUGAAGACAUUGAAUCAAGUGGCAAAGGUCGUUGCAAAUUUUUUCAAGCUCGGAAACUUGAGCUACUUCCCCAGUUUUAGAGGUAGGUUGCUUAGUCCUAAGAACUUUCUCAGUACGAGUUAGAACAACUCGUCUUGUGCCGUGGCCACAAUAACAUAUUUCAAAGUGUUGAACCACAUGAUUAUUCUGAAGGAAACUUUGACACCGACACGGAUGGAAUAGCUAACUAGCAUAGCAAGAAUAUCCCUGAUUGUAUGUGGAUUUAGUUCUAAAUCAUUUCAUCAUCCCUGAUUAGUUAAUUAUGGAGAAUUUGUUCUUCAAGACUUGAGACUUCAGAAAGAUUAGUGUAUACAAAGUUUGAUUCAUUUGAUGACUUGACUUGUA